AUGGAUACUUCUUCGAAAACGGGCUUUAUGCGCGCUGUCCAGUGGGAGGGCAACGUUCGUGACAUGUCUGUCAACAUCAUUCCACGCCCCAAGCUCAUCGAACCAGAAGACGCAGUUGUUCGUAUCACCACCUCCGCUAUCUGUGGCUCUGAUCUUCACAUCUACCACGGUCUCUUCGGCACCGAAGAAAAGUUCGGCGUGGGUCAUGAGGCUGUUGGCAUCGUCGAGGAAGUCGGUCCAGCCGUGGACUUCUUGAAGCCCGGCGACCGAGUUCUGAUUCUGGCUUUCGCAGAGGAUGGAAACUUGCUACCCAAGCCUUCGAUGCUUGUGACCGAUCAGCCUAUUAUUGGCCUUGGCCUUGGUGGAAUGUUCCAUGGCGAUACAGGACUACAAGCUGAGUAUGCUCGAAUUCCAUGGGCUGAUUCAUCCCUGGCCAAGCUUCCCGAUAAGCUUGAUGACAAGGAAUGGCUACCUCUUACUGAUGCCUUCCCUACUGGCUGGACCGCCAUUGACUUCUCCGGCUUUGAAGCUGGUGAUACUGUCGCUGUCUUCGGCGCUGGUGCCAUUGGACUUAUGGCUGCAUACAGCGCCAUAAUUCGUGGCGCCGCUCAUGUCUACGUAAUCGACCACGUUGCUUCUCGCCUUGCCAAGGCUGCUUCCAUUGGUGCGCAGCCCAUCAACUUUACCCGAGGUGGUAAGGCAUCUGAUCAGAUCCUGGCUUUACGCCCCCAAGGAGUCACUCGGGCUAUCGACGCCGUGGGUGAAGUCUGCCUCAACGAUGACUUGAAGCCGCAGCAGGACUACAUCCUUCGUGAAGCUGUGAAAAUCACUACCUCCGGCGGUGGUAUUGGCGUCAUCGGAGUACAUAUCACUGCAUUGGUCAGCGAGUUCGGUGGCAGGGGAAUAGUUCACAAGCCUGACUUGAAGGCUGAGAUCAAGUUUCCAAUAGCCGAGGCCUGGAUCAAGGGAAUCCGUAUCCAAGGCGGACUUGUGGACAUUAAGGGGAACAUCAAGGCUCUAGUCGAGCUUGUGAAGAGUGGAAGGGCACGGCCUGGUUUCAUCUUCUCAAACGAGUACAGCUUGGAGGAUGCACCAAUUGCGUAUAGACGAUUUGAGCAGUGGGAAGAGACAAAGGUGACAUUGAAGGGAGCCCGCAAGCCAAGCGAUGAACAGACCCUGGAGUUACGCAAUGGUAGCAACGGAGCUUCAGGCACCAAUGGUGCGUAA